CCACAAACACUCAGAGUUUCCCAUCAAAUCACCAAGCUCACGCCUUUCGUCUCAUAAAAAUGCAUUUCCUCUUCUUCACUCUUGCCGUGAUUGGAACGCUCUCUGAGGCUCGCGAAAUCACUUUUCCAGCGGCCUCAGGAUAUCAGCCAGAGAAUCUGCAAUUCCCGGUGGGCUCUCUUGGAGUUAUAGAUGUUAGCACUGGAAGCGCGUUUGUAGGACUUACCACUUUUGCCAAUUUGCCACACGUGCAUUGUUUAGCUGCGGAAGGGAUAGAGGUUGAGACGUAUGAUAUCGCAAUCAUCGGUGCACCAUUUGAUACUGCAGUCACGAGUAGACCCGGUGCUCGUUAUGGUCCUGGAGGAAUACGACAGGGUUCACGAAGAAUCGAGCCAGAAGCUGCGUGGGACAUCUACACAGGGAGAAACCCGUACCUUGAUUGGGCAACGAUUGUGGACUGCGGCGAUGUUCCUCUUACAGUUUUGGACAACACCGUUGCACUGAAACAGUUAGAUCAAGCACAUAAGAUCAUUUCCAGGCGAGAGACGAAAUCGAGGGAGUAUACUGCACCGAGGAUCAUUACUCUGGGCGGCGACCAUACGACAACUCUUUCAGCAUUAAGGUCCACGAGCAAGCAUUGGGGUAGCGUGAGCGUUAUACAUUUCGACAGCCAUAUUGAUACCUGGGACCCAGAAGUGUUAGGCGGCGGCGUAUCCCACUAUGCGGGAGUCAACCACGGCACGUUCCUACACAUUGCACACGAGGAGGGUCUUAUCAGAAACACAUCCAUCCACGCAGGCAUACGAGCACCAGUCAUGCGUCGCAAAGGCGACGUAAGAAAUGACAUUCGAUGCGGGUUCGAAAUGAUCAAAGCUAGGGAUAUUGACCGGAUUGGCACUGAAGGUAUCAUUAAGAAGCUCAAGGAACGGGUAGCCGGCUCAAAAGUCUAUAUUAGCGUUGACAUUGACGUUUUAGACCCAGCAUUCGCACCAGCCACGGGGACAGCCGAAGUAGGGGGAUGGAGCACGAGAGAACUGUUGACCAUACUUAAUGGACUGGACGGUAUAGAUGUCAUCGGGGCGGAUGUUGUCGAGGUUAGUCCAGUCUACGACAACGCCGGUGAGACAACAGUCCUGGCGGCUGCAGAGGUCGUCCAGUCCUUGCUGGACCUGAUGGUGCAGAGGCCCGUCAAAUCGUAGGAUGGUGGUCUGGAGGGCGUCGUCGAAUGUCGAGUGGCUGGCACUACCAUUAGGCAUGGCGCUGCAGACCGGUCGUAUUUGCCGUUCGGACAUUCUUUUCAUCCGACGCCAAAUUGGAUGGCUGUAGAGGUCGGCCUCCGGGGCAUCAGAAGGAACGUCUAUAGCACAUGCGGAAUAAUAGUUGCGGAUCGUAAGACUGCUCGAUAUAUGCGCCAGUGCGGU